GGUAUUCAUGAGGACGGGAUAGUCCUUACCUUCCGCUUUACUUUUGUUGACCAACCAUUUUUCAUCUAGACCGUUUUUAUUAUAUGUAUUCCCUUUGGCUCUUAUGUACUCAUUGUUUUGUUUUAAUUAACAACUCGCAUGGCUAAUUCACGUUCAACUAAUGCCAGUGCUUUCAAAGAGGAAUCAUUACUAACUUGUUCGUGAAAUUGAGUGUCAGGCAGCAUUUGCAAUAUGUGGCUAUUACUUGGUCUUCUGAUUGGAUUGUCAAACAGCACAAAAACUCCCCCUGUCGCUAUCACUGCUCAAGCUACUCUACAGAUGUCAGACAUAAGCUGCCAGAUUGCCGUCGCACAGUCCGCUCAAAUCACCUACAUCUAUCGCUGUGCGAGCUGUCCAGCUUCUGAUUCGGCUUCCUUUGAGUCAUUGGAGCAGUUGUUGCAUCGCUGUGUGGCCUCCCGUCUGCCCAGCUGCAUGCGCAGCCUAGAGGCUCACGAGUUGGAGCCACUUCGUCAGACGGCAAGCAUGAAUAUUUUCCAUAUACCCGGCGGCGACACUGGCCAGCCUUUGGUGCGUCGUAUUCUGGACAUGCUGAAUCCUAAACAGCCACGACGUCACUACCACAAAUAUCUAUUCAUAUGGCCUGGAGCUAGUGAGCAGCAGCUAAAGGAACUUUUUAUGGGUUGCUGGCAGAAGCAGUUGCUUUUUGCGCUGGCUAUUACCAAGCCAGGGGAUAUAUACGACUUUCAACCUUUUUCGGAUGAAGGUUUACAAUUGACAAACUUAUCCCCAUCCAGUGAAGUCUUCUACAUUGACAAAUUGAGGAAUUGGCGUGGCUCUGAACUCCGCUUCUCGAUGUUCAGUCACCCUCUGCGGGCUCUGCCUCUGAAGCCUGUGGAGAGUGCCGGCUAUGAUGCCAUUGAUGGAACAGUAGCGCGAUUGAUGGCACAACAGUUGAAUGCCACAGCCCGGUACGUGGCACCACCUGACGGGGAGGCCUAUGGCCGCUGUCUUCCAAAUGGAAGUUUCUCAGGCGUCGUUCAUGAUCUGUUAAGUGGCGACACACACAUUGGAUUAAACCUGCGCUUCGUCAUGGAUUGCGUGUUGCCGCACGUAGAGAGUCUAUAUCCUUAUGUCCGAGGCCUCAUCUGUUUGGUUGUUCCGGCGGCGGGAAUGCAACCAGAAUAUCUUAUAUUUGUGUCUGCCUUUCAUAGUUCCGUGUGGCACUUUUUACUGGCUAACUUCCUGAUUGUUCUUAUGCUUUUCGCUGGACUGCAAUGGCUGCUUUGGAGAAUUAUCGGCCAGACUGGUCGUUGGUAUGAUAUCUUCGAACUGUUUUUCAAAACGCUUCUGGGUCAACCCGUUGAUCGGUUCUCAAGAAAUAGUUCUAUUCGCACUUUUCUCAUGGGUUGGAUCCUCUUCAGCUACGUUUUAACAACCAUUUACUUUGGCAAGUUGGAGAGCAGCUUUGUACAGCCAAGCUACCAGGCACAGGUGGAUACUCUGGAUGAGCUUACACCAGGUGGUCUGCUGAGUGUGCACGGAAUAAAUACCCUGUUUGAUGCUGUGAAUACGUCACUCUCGGAGCGCCACUAUAAUUUGCUCGCAGCUAAUCGACAGGAGCAUCCCCUCAAGGAUAGCGACAGUUUCUAUGAGCUGUCGGUGAGCCGUCGAAACAGAAGAGACGCUUUCAUUAUGCGUGACGAUAAGGCCAAAGAAUUCCUGGCACUCACCUACAAUUCAGAUGUGGGGCGUUCUGUCUAUCACAUUGUCAAACAGUAUCUGAGAUCUAUGCCGAACACCUAUAUCCUUCCGCAGGGCUCGCCUUUUCGCUACAAGUUCCAGGGGAUGUUGAGCGCAUUCUUCGAGCACGGCUUACUCGAUUACUGGUGGCGCAUGGACGUGCUGCGACGCAGUCGAGCCUCUUCACAAUCCGAUGAGUUCUUUGAGGAUCUGAAUGAGCAAACGUACAUACAGGCAGAGGAUGCCGAUUCCGAGGAGUGGCGCAAGAAGCGUGUGGUUCUCACUUUGGACAUUCUACAGGGCGCAUUCUUUUUGUGGAUCAUUGGCAUUCAUCUCAGUAUGUUUAGCUUUCUACUGGAACAGGGGUAUUUUCACUGGCAUCGUUCAAAAUAUUUAAGUCCUAUUUAA